AUGGCUGCCGGGGUCCUUCACCGCGCCCUCCCAUUGCUCAUCCUCUUCCUAGUUCUCCCUUACCCAUGCUCCAUCGGGGCGAGGACCCAUCUCUCACGCGCUGCCGCGGGAGCGCCGACAGCUUCCGACGACCAGACGCGUAGUGAAGCCCUAUCCACCCCCAGCGGCCGUCGAUCCUCCGCCGUCGAGGGAUGCGUGACCUUCGGCUUCCUUCCGAGGGGCGUCCUCGUCCCUCCCUCCGCUCCCUCGAAGAGGCACAACAUGAUGCGCGUCAACGACUACGCCUCUCACUGGCCGGCAUCCCCUUGA